AUGAUUAGAACUCUGUCUUCAAAGCAGACCGUUGCUGUUCGCUCUGCUAUCGCCGCCAGAUCGUACUCCACAGCCGUGCCCCAAUGGGCCACUUUCAAGGUCCCAGAGAUCAAAAACGAGCCCGUCCGUUCUUUCCCCCCAGGAAGCAAAGAUCGUGCCGGUGUUCUCAAGGCCCUUAAAAAGUACAAGGGAACUGCAGAUAUCCCCGCCGUCAUUGGUGGCAAGGAAAUCUUCAACGAUACCACCUUCAAGCAGCGCAGUCCCUUCAACCACGAGCACGUUGUCGCCAACGUCUCCAGCACCACUCCUGCUCAAGUCCGUGAGGCCAUUGAAGCUUCUAACAAUGCCAAGCUGGAAUGGGAAAACGCUCCUUGGGCUGACCGUGCUGCGGUUUUCCUUAAGGCUGCAGACCUCAUCACUGGGAAAUACCGUUAUGAUAUGCUUGCCACAACCAUGAUUGGCCAGGGCAAAAACGUCUUCCAAGCUGAGAUUGAUGCCACUUGCGAACUCUCUGAUUUCUUGCGCUUUAACACCCGUUAUGCUCAAGAGCUUUACGCUCAGCAACCCACUGAGACUACCCCGGGUUCUUGGAACAGAGCAGAGUACAGACCUUUGGAAGGCUUCACUUAUGCUGUCACACCCUUUAACUUCACCGCCAUCUCAGGUAACCUCGUUGCUGCUCCUGCUCUCAUGGGUAACACUGUUGUCUGGAAGCCUUCCGAUUCCGCUGUUCUUUCCAACUACCUUCUUUAUAACAUCUUCAAGGAGGCUGGUCUCCCCGAUGGUGUCAUUAACUUUAUCCCUGGCGAUGCUCAAUCCGUCACUGAAGAGGUUCUCAGCUCUCCUGACUUUGCUGCUCUUCACUUUACCGGUUCCACCCAGGUCUUCCUUUCCCUCUACCAGAAAAUUGCUUCGAACUUGGGCUCUUACAAGUCUUACCCUAGAAUUGUCGGUGAAACUGGCGGCAAGAACUUCCACGUUAUCCACAAGUCUGCCGACAUUGAGAAUGCUGUCAAGUCAACUGUUCGUGGCUCCUUUGAGUUCCAAGGCCAAAAAUGCUCAGCCACUUCCCGUGCUUAUGUCCCCCGUAGCAUCUGGCCUGAGUUUAAAGACCUUCUUAUAAAGGAAACUGAAAAGAUUCAUUCCCACCAGGGUGAUGCUACCAAUCCCAAUGGCUUCCAUUACUUCUCUGGUCCUGUCAUCCACGAGCCUUCCUUCAAUAAGCUUGCUAAUGUCUUCAAGCAGGCCGAGUCAGACCCUGCUCUCAAGCUGUUAACAGGUGGCACUGCCGACAAGUCGGUUGGUUACUACGUCAAGCCCACUAUUUACGAAACCACAGACCCUAAUCACCCUUAUCUGAGCACUGAAUUCUUUGGUCCUGUUCUUACUGUCUAUGUUUAUGAGGAUGCCGAGUUUGAGCAAACUCUUUCUGUGGUUGACAAGGCCACCAAGUAUGGUCUUACGGGCAGCAUUUUUGCUCGUGACAGAGACGCCAUUAACCAGGCCACCUAUGCUCUGCGACACACUGCAGGAAACUUUUACAUCAAUGACAAGUCCACAGGCGCCGUUGUCGGCCAGCAAUGGUUUGGCGGUGCCCGCAUGUCAGGUACAAACGAUAAGGCUGGCUCUGGUAACAUUCUUACCAGAUUUGUGUCUGUCCGCAACAUCAAGGAAACCUUUGUUGGACUUGAUGAUAUCUUUUACCCUUCUAACCAGCAGUAA